GUGUCCGUACCUUCCUGAACCCACCUCAUCCCUCUUCCUUCAGGUCCUCAUAACCAUGACAACGAAGCGCCGCCUGAUCACAGACUCCUUCAAGGUGGUCAAGAAACGACGACAUGUCAAGAGGGAAAAGAGACCCCCGUCCCCACCACAGAAUGAGACUGAGACCAUAACAGAGCAAGAAUUGGAGCUGCAGGAACUGAAGCAGUUUGAUCUGGACUGGAAGUAUGGGCCAUGUACAGGUAUCAGCAGGCUCCAGAGAUGGGAGCGGGCGCAGGUCCACGGGCUGAACCCCCCCCAGGAGAUCAGGGAGCUACUGCUGCGUACAAACAACGAUCCCCAGUUCACCCGGAGCUUAUGGAGUGACUAUCCCUUGUGAGAGAUGGAAGAAGAACAAGAAGAAUGCCCAUAGUUGAUUUAAAUCUGUGAAUUUUAAUAUUUGUUCAUUGGUUUUGUUUCAUCACUGUUACACUGUUACUGUUCUUCCCCCUGCCUUGACUUUAAACCAACAGACUGUUUAGACCUGCUUCAACUCUGGUGGUGGUGACAUAAUGACAACAAAUAAAUAACAAACACUAUAAUGCCA